UGUCUUACACGAAGCACGUCAAUUCCGAUUACUUCCGUCAUCGUACACCGCAGCUCGAGGAAAGUCGUCGCGUGGCUUCCUCCACCAGCACUGCUGCGGCUUCCGCGCGUGUCCGACAUUAUUCACAGCGUCUCGCAACUGCAGUGGGAAUCUGUGCCUCUGAGUAUGCAGAAAGCUCCUUGAUCUUCACCGAUCAUUCGCACCUUCAUCGAGAUAGUGAGAAGGUCUUCGCGAGACAUAGUGUUUCAGCCAGACAGCCAGGUUCAUGGCCAAGACGCUGUGGUUAAGAGCUUGAGAACGGUGUUGGUCUGAACCAAGAAUCACAACUUCCAGCCAUGAUGGCGACAUACUCUCCUCACCGCGAGGACGCAGAAACACCGCACCUGCACUCUCCCAAGUCUCUCACGCACUUCGACCCUCACUCCGCCAUACGGGAGAUACGCCGGUCGCUAUCUCGCUCACCUUCCAAGGGCUCCGACCUUCGUCAAUUCCCUCUUCGAUCUCCAGGUCCUGGCAGUCUCCCUUUCUCACCAUCACCGCUGUCUCCAUCGCGUAAAUCAACCUCCGACAAUCUAUGGGUGCCUUCCAUGGUGUCAUCCCAUUCUCCUCGUGUACCUCAGGGAUCGCGGUUUCAGCGUCCUGUCCUUCGUCGAACAGCUCCACUGCAUGGAAAACCACGCGUCCGCACAUCUCCAAAAAGCCCUUCAAAAAGAGCCCUAGCCGAUCUGAGCGAUGGUGGAAACUCCUCGCCAAUGCCUCUCCGCAAGAGAAGCUCAGGAGAAGCCGACCGUGAAGCAGCCCUGGAGAGCUUGACAGCAGAAGAAGGAAAAGAGAAUGACAGAUCGUCCGAAGAGGGUCCGAUUUACAAACCCGUCACGAGUCGUCAGGAGAAGAGACGGUCCGGUGGUGCUCUGAUCGGUAUGGUGGUGCCGUCAAGUCCUAUGAAACGAACAGAUGCUCCGACGAAUGACGAUACGCCGGGGCUGGAGAGCCCCUCUGUGAAGAGACGAAGUGUCCAUGGUCCAGGUCUUGACUUCAGCAUAUUUGAGUCGGACGGUUCUGAUGGCAACAUGUUUCUCGACAAACGCGCACAAGACGACAAUGACUGGUUUGGAAGCCACACUCCCUUGCCAUCACCAGCUUCACGAUUCUCGACUAUCCCAAGACGAUCUUCAUCUCUGCGAAAAUCUACACUUCAGCAAAGACAAGUGGACCGACCGAGCAAUCUGAAAUACAAUCAGAUCAUGGAGGUGGACCGGUCGAUCUUCGAGCCAACACCAGCGACGUCAAAGAAACCCUUGCGUAUGUCCCUGGACAACCAUAUUCAACCACUUCCACGGGACAGCCCUUUCUCCAGCCAGGGGAGCCUCUUGAGCGCGUCUAUUCAUCCUGUUCCAUCCAGUCAGGGAAGCUUCCCCCAGCAACCUCGACAUCCACUAUCGCGUACCUUGACCCAGUCAUCCUCACAGAUGGGUGACCAAGACGAUUCACCUACACAUGAGCCUAUUCAUCGACCAAACAGACCUCGAUCUCACGACUUCUCCAAGUCUCUGCCCAUCGGCUCCUUCAGGCCUAUAGAUUAUUCUGAAGGGAACGAGUUUUCGUCUCAAAACUCAUUCGCCACGCCUGGUAACUACAAGGCUGCCAAACCUUUACCAGCUGCUUUCAUGUCUACGGGGCUCAUCUCGAAGAAGAAUCGCAAUGUGGACGACCCGGACGCCGGUUUACCCAAAGCCCAUAUGCCAGAUACACCCUGCAAAAGACAGUCAGCCAUCUUUCCGACGGACGACAAGUUUGCUCCUUCCAACGUGGUCGGCAUCAGGGGACCUCGACAGUCUUUUGGGGCAUCUACGACUCCUUUGGAGAUCCAGCACGGUCCGUCAAAGAUUUCGGCAUUCCCCUUUUCCAAAAGUGUCGGCAUAUUUGGUGCUCGACCUAACAAACAGAGCCUUGUACCCGAGUCUAGCUUCACAUCCAUCGACGUCGAAAACAAAGCCACUAGUAGAUCGUCCUUCACUCGUGCUCAAAGCCAGUCGACGGAUUCGGAUUAUCCGCCUACGCCCACCAGACAUUUCAUUGACCCACAGGACCGAGAUUCUGUCUCACCUUCGCCUCACCAUUCUGCAUUGGCCAUCAAUUCAGCUGUACCCCGAUCAGCGGUUGAUGUUCAUGUUGCAAGCAUCUCCACAGUUAGCCCAAGGAUCGAUGGAGCGGACCGAAUCACCCCUCAAACACCCCUCGAAGGUUUCUUCUUUCCUCCAGAUCCCAGUCGACUCACGAUAUCCGGCCGCCCUUCGCGCAUGCUGGCUCGACGCGAUAGUGGCAAUAGUGCGAUCAUACCCGCAACGCCAACAGGACCGAAAGAACAGUUUCCAAACUUUUCCAAUCGACCGAGCCUCAACCUUGCUGCAGCGGAUACAUCUAGUAUUGACGACAGCCUAUCAUCAAGGUUCGAAAAAGUCGAUCUUAUUGGGUCGGGCGAAUUCUCGCAGGUUUAUCGAGUUGCACAACCACCGGAACUGUCGCCAUAUCACAAGAUCUAUUCCGUAUCGACGAGCCGUCCAUCGUCGAGGUCGUCUCUGCCGGAGAAAGUGUGGGCAGUCAAGAAGUCUCGAUAUCCAUAUACUGGAGCCAAAGACCGUGCGAGAAAGAUCCAUGAGGUGGAUGUACUCAAGGCCCUGGGCCAUUCAGACCAUAUUGUGACGUUCGUGGACAGUUGGGAGGAACAAGGUCAUCUCUACAUCCAGACAGAGUUCUGCGAAGAAGGUACACUCGAUGUUUUUCUGGCUCAAGUGGGCCUGAAAGCACGGCUUGACGAUUUCCGCAUCUGGAAAAUCCUCCUCGAGUUGUCGCUCGGUCUGAAGCAUGUUCACGACAGUGGCUUCAUUCAUCUUGACCUAAAGCCUGCGAAUAUCCUCAUUACUUUCGAAGGUGUGCUUAAGAUUGCCGACUUUGGCAUGGCGUGCAAGUGGCCGGCCAAAGCUGGAAUUGAAGGCGAAGGUGACCGCGAAUACAUGGCGCCAGAGGUGUUGAUGGGAAAAUACGACAAGCCAGCAGAUAUCUUCGCCUUGGGACUGAUCAUGCUCGAAACUGCCGGAAAUGUUGCUCUUCCGGACAAUGGUGUGUCAUGGCAGAAACUGCGAAAUGGUGAUAUGAGCGACGUCCCUAGUCUAACGUGGAGUACGGGUGGCAGCACAGUCUUACGGGAUGCAUCUGGGAACCCAGUAUCUGAAGACUCGUUUCUUGAAGCCAACCAUGAUGACGAUGAAUGUGAUGUUGACCUUGUCGACGCCGACGAACACUAUCAUGCGACCACCAAGGAACAACACGAUAAAGCUCUACACUACCGACGAAGCGGUGAAUUGAUCGAUGCACCUCAAUUCAUGAUUGAUCCGUUAGACGAACAAGCACUGGAGCGGGUUGUUGGUUGGAUGAUAUCCCCAGACCCCGACGACCGCCCUCUCGUCAACGAUGUGCUCAAUGCUGAAGGUGUCAGAUUUGCAGAUGCCAGACGACGCGCGGGAGCGACCAUCUUUGAAGGCAACUGGGGACCAGCGGACGAGAUCUUAGCAGAAGAUGCAGAAAUGAUUGAUGUUUGAUCUCAAUCAUCUACACGCACGAUUCUAUCGCCUGAAUAGAAUGGGGGCACUUUUUGGGUACCUUUGUACAGGGUAAGGACAACAUCAACGAAGGGUGUUUUGAAAGACUUUCA